AUGGCUGCCACCCUCACUCGCUUACAGUUCGAGACAGCGUGCAAGGCAUAUAUCGACAAGCAUAACGCUCGGACGCAUGGAGAUCUGUCUCUGCAAGCUGUGCAUCCAGACAGCUGGACUUGGCAUGAACAUGCAUUAGCGCCUCACUUGGGUUACAUGUCUCGCUCAGUCCUCAUCUCAGUCAACGCCGAACCACGAUCGUCUCAUGAGGACGACGAGGGUUGGUUGGAAGCUCCAGAGACUGUAGAUGACGUCGCUGUCUUCAGCGAAUCCGACAUCGUCACGGCGCGACAGUCUGUUGUGUACUCUGCGACAUUCCAAGUGCCGGCCUUCUACUUCACCAUGCACCACAGCAACGGUACACCUCUAACCCUAAUGGAAAUCGUGAGCUCUCCGCUGCUCCGGUCGUCCUCCAUUCUAGGCACCGAAACAACAUCCUUUGCCGUGAGUGAUCCUGGGUCAAACUUUCCGUUGCUGUCUCAAGGUGAACAUCCUGUUCUCGGCACGCCCUCCUGGUAUCUCCACCCAUGUCACACUGCGGAGGCUGUGGAAGAGAUCAUGCUCGAAGUUGAGAGUGUGGGUCUUGCGGAGGAAAGCAGGCUACAGCGGUGUAUCGAGGCAUGGUUCACGGUACUCGGGCAAAUGGUGGACCUUGCACCCGGCAGUGUCCCGUAGGAUGUCCAGUAGAGUACAUAUGUACAGUGCGGGUGCUUGAAUUUCAUGAUCCGUAAUAGCCAG